AGUAUAUACGCGACCGUUAGCGGACGGUGUCGCGGCUUCAUCUAAUGCUUCCAGGCCGAUCGCGAGUUCGUUCUCAUCCAUCAAUGGGACAUCAUCCAAAGCCAGCCAACCGGCAUUGAUCGCUACGCCAACUCAGGACCGCAACUCCACCCCGCAAGCCGCUCCAUCUGUUCCGCCUGAGAUCACUCCCGUAACUCUGCCGCUGAAUUCCACGAAAUCCGAUGGGAAAACAACCCCCCUUGUAAGCAAAAGUUUUGCCUACGGUAGUAGUAACGAAGGGCUAGGCCGUCUUCAUGCGCAAGGUCAGGAGAAUCCAGUGCUGCACGAGACUCUAACCGUUAUCGACGAGCAUAUCACCGACUUGCAUUCGACCCCGCAGAAUGGCGCACUCCACCACACGACGGAUUCCGGGAGCGAGUAUAGUUCUCACCUACCGGAUCGGCUUUCCUAUAUCCAGGGCGAAGAGACCGACGAGGAGGAGGAAGUGCUACACACUCGCGACGAAGUCGAAUCUUGGACUGCGGAUGAUGUGGCGGAAUAUUUGUUUACCACCGGCGUAGAAAAGAAGCACUGUGAAGUAUUUCGGGAUCAAGAAAUAUCAGGCGAAGUACUUUUAGGCAUGGAUCAAUCAUCGUUAUUUCUUAAAGCGUUCGACCUUGGCUCCGUUGGACGACGACUGAAGACGUGGCAAAAGAUCAAGAACUUACAGGAUGAAGUAAAUGGACUUGGCCCCCUUACGAGGCGAACCACGCAGACUUAUGGUAGUGAAGCGGGGUCGGAGGAGUUCAAGGUGGGUAGCGGAAGAGUGAGAAGCAGAUCUAAUACUUUAACAAACUCGCAAAGAGUUGUUUCAUCCGAGAGUCGACCAGGUUCGGUGCAUACAAAACGUCUCUCUCAAACACCAAAAAUGGAGCCAAUGGCACCUUUAUCUCCCAAAUCUCCUAAAGGCGUUCAAGACAGCCCGACAAGACAGUCCCACCACAAUAGACCUUCGGCAGCCUCCGUCAGAGAGUUGCAUCAUUCGCGACGGCAUUCGUCUACCGAUUUUAGACUCGCCCCGCCGGUCAAUGCUGGAACACCUAAACUUACGUCUUCAGGAACAUUUCCACAGCCCGAACCUUCACAUAAGAAACAACCAUCUUUUGACCGUAAUUGGACUAUGGGCGCAGCUUCUUCUCCUUACCCUGCACGGCCUUUGUCGUCAACUGAAUUUGGCGACCCCAUAAAUAUAUCCGAUACAGAUGUUAUCCAUAACCCGGCUCUUGAUCUCGAUCGGGGUUAUUUCUCUGGCACCGAGGUUGACGGCCGAAAGCGCAACGUGCUUAAGAAGCGCGAAAGCACUACCGCACACGCUCACAAGUCAAGUUAUACAGAACAGCAACGCGUUAGAAGCGCAACAGCUAUUGCAAGGCGUUCUCGGUUUGGAAGUAUUGAUUCAACUAGGGAUUCGACACCACCAAACGCCGCGCAAAUGUAUUACGGUUUAUCUGGAGAUCACAGGCGGACGGCCUCUACUAACACUACAGAGUCCAUGCGACCUAUUCCCCCUGCCAAGGAUGGUCCCACUCCAACUGUCACCAAACUUGAUGCCGGGUCGCCUACCUCGCCCUCAACCCGAAACGCUGCUCCUGGCGAUUGGAUAUCAAAUGCUAGCAGCAAGUUUGGAGGCCUAAGGGCAAUUUCUGAUGCUAUGGUUGGUAACUCGAAAGUCGGCUCGCCAACUGAUUCCUCUACUCAGGCUUCACCUUUGAGAUCACCGUCCAGGGCUGGUUCGAGUACGCCUUCGGGAGGCCCGAGUUUCGAGAUUGAUUCACCCGAUACAGGGAAAAGCCCGUACUCAGCGACUACUACCGGCAGUCGUAAGAGCGGGAAAAAGACGAAGCAGGAAACGAGUGCUUACCUACGCGGCCUACAAAAGGUUAGCCCACGUGAAGCAAUAAAAGAUGCAGACUAUAGUGGAUGGAUGAAGAAGAAGAGUUCACAUUUAAUGACGACAUGGAAGCCACGACUCUUUGUGCUCAAAGGAAGACGUCUGGCCUACUAUUACUCAGAAGACGAUACCGAGGAAAAGGGGCUAAUUGAUAUUUCGUUCCAUCGCGUAUUGCCUGCCGACAACGAACGGCUUACCGGGUUGCAUGCUACUUUGACGGGUGCUAGCAACACUCCAAUUAUGCCGGCUGAUAGUAACCUCCCAACUCUUGCCGAUAAUACUGCCGUUUCACCUGCUGAGAAAGGUGCGGAUACGAUGUUCAUAUUCAAGCUCAUGCCCCCUCGGGCUGGACUCUCCAAAGCGGUCAAUUUUACCAAGCCAACCAUACACUACUUCGCUGUUCCGAAUCUGCAGCAAGGGCGAAUGUGGAUGGCAGCCUUAGUAAAAGCCACUAUUGACCGUGAUGAUACUCAACCGAUGACAACAACAUACCAGCAAAAGACCAUCUCACUUACUAAAGCACGUGCAAUGCGGCACCGUCCCCCGGCCCUUAUGAAUCUCGAUGAGAAGGUCGAAGAAGGCGCAAAGAAUGGAGACGAUGAGAAAAAGAAUGGCCUAGGAAUCUCGUUUGGAGAGGUUGAUAGUGCAGUCUCCGGUCUCGAGAAGCUAGGUCUUUCCAAAGUCGAGAGCAAGAAAUCGGGAUUAGAGAGUGAGAUGAACAAUGGUAUAGGAAUUCUGACCUCAUCUCCUCAGAGCACCUAACGAUUCACCUCUCCAUCCCCAGCGUUGAUUAUCAUCUGGCUCGCCUUUAUCGCAAGCAGCCGAAUUAUCUAAUUGUGUCGAAUCCCGUCAUUCUAUUAUUUCUGCGGAGUGAUAAGAAUACUCGUCAUUUUUGUCACCCAGUGAGUUUUCUUCGUAAGGACCAGCAGAGCCGGUGCCUACAAUCACAUAUAACAUUUUCUUCCCUUUAGCGCGUCGUCUAUCCCCCCCCCUAAUUAUUCCCCGAUAUCCCCUUCAUCGAUACCUCAGUUAUACGAACGAAAGCAAGAUAGUGAUACGGAUACAUGACCAGGUAAUAAAGUUAGUUACCCCGACCGACAAUCCACACGUCGGCAGGUUGAAGU